GCAACUUUUGUGGCCUGCGCGUCCCUCUGCGUCCGGCUCCAAGUGCGUAGCUCCUGGUCCUGUGCAGCCUGCUCCUCUCCUGCUCCUUUAGCUGCUGCUGCUGCAAAAACACAAAGCAGAGCGGACAUGGCACCUGUCUGGACCUCAGCUCUGGCUCUGGUCAUCGUCGCGUCUGCGCUUUUACAAACGACGACAGCAGCCAGCAUCAACGACACGAUAUUUGCAGUGACCGUGAGCUCUCGGGUGAAAGCGGCCACUCCACAGACGUUAUGUGCCCAGGUCCACGGCCCCUCGGAGCCUGUAGUCCUCACCGUGACUCUGGUGUUGGAGUCCAGCAGUAACACGCUGCUGGAGGAGACCGUCGAGGAGGACUUCUACCGCUGUAUCACUUUUCAGCCUCCAGUUGUUCCCAGAAGCACCGUAGCAUCUGUGAACGUCACUGUUCAGGGGGAGAGCGGCACGUUGAGCAAAAAGGCCAAAGUCCUGAUCGAACCUGCGACUUUCAUCCACAUCAUUCAAACCGACAAACCCAUCUACAAACCAGGACAGACCGUCAAAUUCAGAAUCACCUCUCUGGAUGCCGACUUUAUUCCUGUGAAAAGAGUGUAUAAAGUGAUCGAGCUCGAGGAUCCUAACACAAAUCGCAUCGCUCAGUGGUUAGAUAACACCAUCGACGGGGGCAUCCUGGAUCUUUCACACCCGAUAAUCCCUGAGGCGGCACAGGGCAGUUAUGUGAUUACUGCCACCACUGAGCAGGGGGAGCAAGUGCAGCACAGCUUUGACAUCAAGGAAUACGUUUUGCCCAAAUAUGAAGUGAAAGUCCAGCUGCCAAAUGUGAUCACGAUAUUGGAUAAAGAAGCCGAAUUUAAAGUCUGUGGAAAAUACACUUAUGGAAAACCAGUGGUGGGUUCUGUUAAAGCCGUGUUCUGUCGAAGAGCGUUUCGAGGAUAUUGGUACGGCAACAGCUACCAGGACGUGUGCAAGAACUUCCAGCUCACAACGGACAAAAGCGGUUGCACUUCUCAAACUGUGGAUCUUUCGGAGUUUUUCCUGAAUAAGAGCGGGUAUCACGACAGCUUUCAAGUCGAGGCAGAACUGCAGGAGUUUGGCACUGGAGUCACUCUAAAAGGCAGCGCUCGGACCAGCUUCACCAACGACAUCAGGACGGUCACGUUUGAGGAUGAACCUGCGUCGUACAAACCCGGCAUUGCCUUUGAAGGAAAGGUGAAAGUGGUUGGUGCUGACUCCAAACCUGUUCCUAAUGAGAAAGUUUACCUGACCGUCCGUAAAUACUCAGAAAACAUCACCCUCACCACAGACCACAAAGGCAUGGCGUCCUUCUCCCUGGACACGUCCCUCUGGGAGGACUCUGUCGCUGUCCAUGCGUCCUGCUUAGAGCCAGGGAAGAAGGAGACCUACGUCCCCAAAGUGCGUUUGCCAGAGUACCAUUCCGCCGUCCAUUUCGUCUCCCCUUUUUACUCCAAAAGCAGCAGUUUUCUGAAAAUCAAGCAAAACGAAGGAAAGUUUCGCUGCAACAAAGAGGCCACGGUCCGAGCCGAGUACAUCAUCCAAGGAAAAGAGCUUAAGGAGGGACAGGAAAGUCUCGACUUCUUUUACCUGGUGAUGUCCAAAGGCUCGAUCGUCCAGUACGGGCGCAUACCUGAGGCUGUUAAAAAAGAUAUGGUGAACAAAGGCGUGUUGACCAUCCCUCUGCGUCAGGUGGUUAAGCUUGCGCCCGUCGCUCAGGUGCUCGUGUACACGGUGAUGCCCGGUGGCGAGGCUGUGGCCGACAGUAAAGACUUCCCCGUUCAGCUGUGUCUCAGUAACAAGGUUUCUCUGAAGUUCCCGUCUCUUCAGCAGCUUCCAGCGGAGAAGACCACCCUGACGCUUCAGGCUCAUCCCGACUCGCUGUGCUCAGUCCGGGCCAUUGACCAGAGCGUCCUCCUGCUCAAGUCUGGAGUGGAGCUCACCGUGGACUAUGUGUACGACCAGCUCCCCUUCCAGAAGCUCUCUGGUUAUCCGUACGAGGCCGAGGACCACGAGCCGUACCCGUGUUUCCCGAUUCCCAUCCCGGAGGUGCUGGAGGAUCCGGACGUGGUGGAGGUGGAGCCGGAUGUGGUGGAGGUGGAGCCCGGCAGACACAAGAAACGCUCCUUUUAUUUUGGACCGGUCCAUCACAAGGAUGACGUCUACAGCAUCUUUAAAGAAAUCGGAGUCAAGAUCGUGACCAACUCUGACGUGAAGAAACCCUACGACUGCCACAUCCGGCCGUACGAUAUGUUGUAUGAAGUAGAUAUGGUAGAUUCUCCCAUCCCCAUGGCCUUUAACACGAUGGAUGAGGUCGUCAAUAAAGAAAACGAGCAGAAGAAGGAAACCGUUAGGACUUUCUUCCCAGAAACUUGGAUCUGGGACCUGGUGUCUGUCGGCUCCACCGGUUCAGUGAAUAUGGAGAAGACCGUCCCGGACACCAUCACUAAAUGGGCGGCGAGUGCGUUCUGUGUGUCCUCCGCGGGACUCGGCAUCGCCCCAAACACGGGCCUCACCGCCUUCCAGCCGUUCUUCGUCAGCCUCACUCUGCCGUACUCCGUCAUCAGAGGAGAAGUGUUCACGCUCAAAGCCACUGUCUUCAACUACCUCUCCAAGUGCAUCAUGGUGAAAGUGACAUUGGCUGAAUCGGAGCAGUUCAGGUUCAAACCGUGCGACAGCUGCCAGUACACGGUGUGUCUGUGCGGAGAGGAGAGCUCCACCUUCUCCUGGGUCGUCACUCCGACCACGCUGGGUGAGGUGAGCCUGCGGGUCAGUGCUGAGGCCUUAAAGACUGACCUCCUGUGUGGAAACGAGGUCGCCACUGUCCCAGAGACGGGUCAGAUUGACACGGUGGUCCGUACGCUGCUGGUGCAGGCUGAAGGAACACCACAGAUGGUGAGCCACAACGCACUGCUGUGUCCUGCAGAGGGUCCAGUGGAAAAGCAAAUCUCCCUCCUGUUGCCUGAGAUGUUUGUGGCUGGAUCAGCCCGAGCCACAGUCUCCGUUCUGGGAGAUCUGAUGGGCAGAGCGAUGAAGAACCUGGACAAACUGCUGGCCAUGCCAUACGGCUGUGGGGAGCAGAACAUGGUCCUAUUCGCCCCAAACAUUUUCAUCCUGAACUAUUUGAAGAGCACAGGCCAACUCACCAAAGACAUACAGGACCGAGCGACGGAGUUCCUACAGUCGGGAUAUCAGAGGGAGCUCACCUACAAACAUGAUGACGGUUCGUACAGCGCCUUUGGAAAGUCUGACGAGUCGGGAAACACCUGGCUGACCACGUUUGUGAUGAAAUCCUUCGGAGGAGCUCGGCCGUACAUUUUCGUCCAACCGGAGCACAUCACCGACGCAAAGAACUGGCUCUCGGGGCAUCAGAGGCCGGACGGCUGCAUCGCGUCUGUCGGGAAACUUUUUCACAACGGCAUGAAGGGUGGAGUGAGUGACGAUGUCUCCCUCACCGCUUACAUCACAGCUGCACUUCUGGAGCUGGGAUUAGGUGUGACGGACCCCAUGGUGCAGAAGUGUCUCAGGUGCCUACAGGGGGCGCUGACGGUUCAAAUGGAUAAUCUCUACACCACAGCUCUCCUGUCCUACACCUUCACUCUGGCAGGAGACGAGAAGACCAGGACCAAACUCAUCACGUACCUGCACCAGAAAUCCAAGACGGAAGGCGGGUUGCGGUACUGGGACAGAGCCGGUGCGUCAGAGAAAGGCCUGGACUCUCUGGAGGUGGAGAUGACGUCGUAUGUUCUUCUGGCGCUGCUCUCUGGACCCGCUCUGCCCGACUUCGGCCUGGACUACGGCUCGAGUAUCGUCCGCUGGCUCACUCAGCAGCAGAACCCGUACGGUGGAUUCUGCUCCACACAGGACACUGUGGUCGCUCUCCAAGCACUGGCCAAGUAUGGCGCUGCCACCUACAGCGAGCAGGGCAGUACUGCAGUCAGGGUGACGUCACUGGGAGGCCUGAGCACAGACUUCACCGUGGAUCAGUCCAAUCGGCUGCUGUACCAGGAGGAAAAUCUGCCCGAGGUGCCCGGGGAGUACACCGUGAGGGCGGAGGGGCAGGGCUGCGUGCUCGCUCAGAUUUCCAUGUACUACAACAUCCCCCCUCCUCCGGACUUUUCUGCGUUCAACAUUUCCACCUCCACGAUGUCCAAAUGUAACGUCAGUCGACCACAGCUCAUCCUCUUCGUGCACGUCAGGUAUCAGGGCCGCAGAGAGGAAACCAACAUGGUCAUUAUCAACAUCAAACUCCUGUCGGGAUACGUCCUGGACAAGAGCUCCCUGGACAUGAUGAAGGGAGACCAGUCCGUGAAGCGAGUGGACGUAGACGAUGGAUUUAUUAACCUCUACUUAGACGGGCUGAAACAGGAGAAGUUGAGGAUUUACAGCGUCACCAUCGAGCAGGACCAGGCUGUGAGGAACCUCAAACCCGCUGUGGUCAAAGUCUACGAUUACUACCAGACGAGUGAUGAAGCAGUCACUGAAUACACGUCCCCCUGUGCAGAAAGUGACAGUGUGAAUGAACUGUAACGUCUGAGGAAGAAUCUCCACAUUCUACAAAUUGGGAUAAUCACUGUCGACAAAACCCCAUCUCAAAUAUGUGUUUUACUGUCAUUUUAAAGAUGUCUUUUUGUUUUUAUAUUUGCCCUCGCUUUUAAGGUUAAGGUUUUUGUGUCUUGUUUCUCGUUCUAAACACAUUUUUGUCAAGUUUUG